UUCACGGCGCAUAUUAGAGAUGGACAACCAGGAUUAACUGGUCACCCCCUCAGAAGCCCGAAAUACUGAUAUAUUCUAGUUCUCGUAUCACUAUGACUCUGCUGCUGCCUAAUUUUAUAGCAGCCUUAUCGGCCUCCAAGGGCAAAGUGUGGGCGUCUUUAUACAGGUCCACUCUAUCACAGCUUAGCGCUCAGCGGCGGCUUAUCCACAGCGCCGCGAUUCUAGCCCAACUGCGACGGCUAGAUGACAACGGGGCUGCCAUCCGUCAAAGCUUGCUCUACACGACGAGACAUUGUAAUGGAGGAAUGGAAAAAAAUACCCGACGUGCCUGGUUUGAGGUGUACAAGCUAGCAGAACCUUGUGAGUCCAUCGGUGGCACGCACGGAUUAAUAGUGGGCCAAUGCCAGCACGUUUUCAAAAAAUGACUUCUGGAGCGGUCCACCAAGCACUAGAAAGCGCUGUAGCUUUGCUACAUAAGCUGCCCUGGAUCGUCGCCGUCUACAAGUUUCUCUGCACUCCUAUACAGCUCAGGCGAAGCCUACCGCCCAUCCGAGAACCUCUCUCAGACCCCGAGCCAAGUGUUACCACAGAACCCAGAUUUUCCGCCAUGUCCGUUAAUCCGGUAUGUUAAACGCUGUC